GUCGUCUGAGAGCGGGGACACUGGGCGCGCUGUCGGGCGGGGGCGAGGUUCGGGCCGGUUGUGCCGUUGCGAGACUGCAGCUGUGGUCGCUUUGGCGGGCCCAGAAUUACAUGCUGACUUUGUAAACUGGAGAAGCCAGUGGUGCUGUUGCUGUUCUUAGGAGGCAGUGUCUAGGUCCAGUGCAAGUUGAAUCAUUAUUCCACUAAGGUAUAAUUGAAAAGUGACCUUCUCUUCAGAAAUGUCAAAAACAAACAAAUCCAAGUCUGGAUCUCGUUCUUCUCGCUCAAGAUCUGCAUCCAGAUCUCGGUCUCGUUCAUUUUCGAAGUCUCGAUCCCGAAGCCGAUCUGUCUCUCGUUCAAGGAAGCGAAGGCUGAGUUCUAGGUCUCGUUCCAGAUCGUACUCUCCAGCUCAUAACAGAGAAAGGAAUCACCCCAGAGUGUAUCAGAAUCGAGAUUUCCGAGGUCACAACAGAGGCUACAGGAGACCCUAUUAUUUCCGUGGGCGAAAUCGAGGCUUUUAUCCAUGGGGCCAGUAUAACCGAGGUGGCUAUGGAAACUACCGUUCUAAUUGGCAGAACUACCGACAAGCAUACAGUCCUCGUCGGGGCCGUUCCCGAUCCCGGUCCCCAAAGAGAAGGUCCCCUUCACCAAGGUCCAGGAGCCAUUCUAGGAACUCUGAUAAGUCAUCUUCUGAUAGGUCAAGACGUUCCUCAUCCUCUCGUUCAUCCUCCAACCACAGCCGAGUUGAAUCUUCUAAGCGCAAGUCUGCAAAAGAGAAAAAGUCCUCAUCCAAGGAUAGCCGGCCGUCUCAGGCGACUGGUGACAACCAGGGAGAUGAGGCUAAGGAGCAGGCUUUUUCUGGAGGUACCUCUCAAGACACCAAAGGGUCUGAGAGCUCAAAGCCAUGGCCAGAUGCCACCACCUAUAGCACUGGUUCUGCAUCACGGGCUUCGGUUUCUGACCUGAGUCCCCGGGAACGAAGCCCAGCUCUCAAAAGCCCCCUUCAGUCUGUGGUGGUGAGGCGGCGGUCACCCCGUCCUAGCCCAGUGCCAAAACCUAGUCCACCACUUUCUAACACAUCCCAGAUGGGUUCAUCUCUGCCAAGUGGUGCUGGAUAUCAGUCUGGGACACACCAAGGUCAGUUCGAUCAUGGCUCUGGGUCUUUAAGUCCAUCCAAAAAGAGCCCCGUGGGUAAGAGUCCACCAGCCACUGGCUCCACAUAUGGCUCAUCUCAGAAGGAGGAGAACGCUGCUGCUUCAGGAGGAGCAGCCUAUACAAAGAGGUAUCUGGAAGAGCAGAAGACAGAGAAUGGGAAAGAUAAGGAGCAGAAACAGACAAAUACUGAGAAAGAGAAAGUGAAAGAUAAAGGGAGCUUCUCUGAUGCAGAUGCAAAAAUGAAAUCUGACCCAUUUGCUCCCAAGACUGACACUGAGAAGCCAUUUCGAGGUAGCCAGUCACCCAAAAGGUAUAAGCUUCGUGAUGAGUUUGAGAAGAAGAUGGCUGACUUCCACAAGGAGGAGAUGGAUGAUCAAGAUAAGGACAAAAGUAAGGGAAGAAAGGAAUCUGAAUUUGAUGAUGAGCCCAAAUUUAUAUCUAAAGUCAUAGCUGGUGCAAGCAAAAACCAAGAAGAAGAGAAGUCAGGCAAGUGGGAGAGCCUCGUGUAUACAGGAAAGGAAAAGCAGAGGAAAGCAGAGGAGCUGGAGGAGGAGACUUUCACAGAGAGAUCCAAAAAGGAGGAGCGAAAGAGGAGUGAAAGUGGGCACAGGGGCUUUGUGCCAGAAAAGAAUUUCCGAGUAACUGCAUACAAGGCAGUUCAAGAGAAAAGUUCAUCACCUCCCCUGAGGAAGACCUCCGAGAGCCGUGACAAGCUGGGAGCCAAAGGAGACUUUUCCUCAGGGAAGUCUUCCUUUUCUAUUACUAGGGAGGCCCAGGUCAAUGUCAGGAUGGACUCUUUUGAUGAAGAUCUUGCACGACCCAGUGGCUUAUUGGCUCAGGAACGAAAGCUUUGUCGGGAUCUAGUCCAUAGCAACAAAAAGGAACAGGAAUUUCGUUCCAUUUUCCAACACAUACAGUCAGCUCAGUCUCAGCGUAGCCCCUCAGAAUUGUUUGCCCAGCACAUAGUGACGAUUGUUCAUCAUGUUAAAGAGCAUCACUUUGGAUCUUCUGGAAUGACGUUGCAUGAGCGCUUUACUAAAUACUUAAAGAGAGGAACUGAACAAGAAGCAGCUAAAAAUAAGAAAAGCCCAGAGAUACACAGGAGGAUAGACAUUUCUCCCAGUACAUUCAGAAAACAUGGUUUGGCUCAUGAGGAAAUGAAAAGUCCCCGGGAACCUGGCUAUAAGGCUGAGGGAAAAUACAAAGAUGAUCCUGUUGAUCUUCGCCUUGAUAUAGAGCGUCGUAAAAAACAUAAGGAGAGAGAUCUUAAACGAGGUAAAUCCAGAGAAUCAGUGGAUUCCCGAGACUCUAGUCACUCAAGAGAAAGAUCAACUGAGAAAACAGAGAAAGCUCAUAAAGGAUCAAAGAAGCAGAAGAAGCACCGGAGAGCAAGAGAUCGGUCCAGGUCCUCGUCUUCCUCUUCCCAGUCUUCUCACUCCUACAAAGCAGAAGAGUACCCUGAGGAAGCAGAGGAAAGAGAAGAGAGCACCACGGGUUUUGACAAAUCCAGACUGGGGACCAAAGACUUCGUGGGUCCAAAUGAAAGAGGAGGUGGCAGAGCUCGGGGAACCUUUCAAUUUCGAGCCAGAGGGAGAGGUUGGGGCAGAGGAAACUACUCUGGCAACAAUAACAACAACAGCAACAAUGAUUUUCAAAAGAGAAACCGGGAAGAGGAAUGGGAUCCAGAAUACACACCCAAAAGCAAGAAGUAUUACUUGCAUGAUGACCGGGAAGGUGAAGGCAGUGACAAGUGGGUGAGCCGAGGCCGGGGCCGAGGAGCCUUCCCCCGGGGUCGGGGCCGGUUCAUGUUUAGGAAAUCCAGUACAAGUCCCAAAUGGGCCCAUGACAAGUUCAGUGGGGAAGAAGGAGAGAUUGAAGAUGAUGAGAGCGGAGCAGAGAAUCGGGAGGAGAAGGACAGUUUACAGCCUUCAACUGAGUAGGGGGUGGGGGGGCCACUCUUUCCCAGGGGACAAAGGAGAUGCUGGUGAGGAGCUAAACAGAGGAGCCUCAAGAAGAUCUGAAAAUCUCAUCCCACCCCCACCAGCCACACAGAAUCCUACGACAGCAGAGUGUAUCCCUGGUGCUGUCCCAGUGGACAGAGGAUGCUGGCCACACAGAGCCUGUGGUCAGGCCCAGGUUUUGAGCAAAAUAUACAAACAAAUUGGGCUCCAGCUGAUUCUCUUUUUUCGGUGUGUGGGGUGGGGGCAGGGUAGGGAGAGUGCUGCUGAUGCUUGGAUUUUGGUUUGUUUCCCUAUAGAAACCAAGUUUUCUUAAUUUCAUUUUAUCUGGAGCUAAGAGGACUAAUUGAUUUUCAGUCUCUUCCCCUGUCCUGAUUUUAAAAGCCCUUAUAUUUUUUCUUUUUCUUUUUUGGGAUAUGUAGUAAUACUAGCAGAAAGAUUUAAUUUGGGCAACUUUGAUUAAGAGAAAACAAAGCAUGUGAAUAAACAUUGACAUGUUCACCUCAGUUUGGGACCAAACUGCUUGGAUCUUUGUAAAAACCGGUUUUGUAUGCCAAGGAGGAGUUUAAGGCCUUUCUGACCACCUCGUGUUCCCCUUUCUACACAGCCAUGUAUUCAUGGAGUUGCCCCCAAACCACCCCAUACACCCUGCUCCUGUCUUUCUGAUUUCUUCCAGGCUGGGCUUCCCGUUCUCCACCAGCAGCUCCAGUAUCCCAAACUUUCUAGUUCUGCUGGUCCUCAGCAACAGGGGUGGAAACUGGAGGCAGUUUCUGGUCUGUUUUCUAAGAAACUUCUGAAUUCUAUUAUCUUUACAAAUAUAAGAUGAGAAAAUAAUUUUUUCAAUAUUUUUUAUUAAUCUUUUUAUAAAAUGAAAAGAAACUCCUACAAUCGAUAAAGGAAGGUGGUUAUGGCUGGGUGGUUUGUGGGGUUGUGUGUUUUUGGUGGGGUUUUUUUUUUUUUUCCCUCCCCGUUUUUUUUUUUUCUUUUUAACCUUAAGUUUUAAGUUGAAACAUUUUCACAUGUAUAUGGGGGGGACAUCUUACAGUGGGUUCUUGAGCUUGCCUUCUGGAGAGGUGGUCCUGAGCAGGUGAAUCACAGCAUUUGUGCAUCUGUCUGUGCCCACUGCACCCUCUUCCCCCCAGUCUUCGCUCUUGGGUUGUUGUGCGACUUUCCCCUUACUUUGCUAAUUUCCUAUAAUAGUUAAGUUGGUUUUACUUGAAUGAUUCAUGUUUAGGGGAAAAAGAAAAAAUACCCUUUAAUUUUUGUUUCAACUCCUCCUGCAAAUAAAAACAAUAAAUGAAGUGGCAGAUGUAAA